AUGCGGGCGUGCCUAGACGCGCUCACCGCCAAGGCCGCGUCGAUGUGGCCCCGCGAGCUCGCGUCGAUCGCCGCCGCGCUGCCACCGCUGCUGCGCACGCUGCCGCGGCGCGGCGGCGGCGGCGGCGGCGCGCAUGCGCUGCUCCUUGAGAGCGGCUGGGCGGCGGCGUAUUACAACGCGUCGGGGCCGCUGCUGCCUCGUUAUGAGCCUGUCGGGCUCGCGCGCUCUCUGCACGCGGCGGCUGUUCUGUGGGACGAGUUCGGGGCGGACGUUCCGCGGCCGUGGCUGGCCGCCGCCGCGCGGCGGCUGGGCGUUGCAGCGGACGAGGGGCGCCUCGGGCCGCGUGAGGUGGCGAUGGGCCUGCAGGCGCUCGUGCUGCUGCGGCGGGGGCGGCGGGCUGCUGAGGGGCUGGAGGAUGGAGGUGAUCGGGAGCAGGUCAUUGCUGCUGCCCAGCAGCAGCAGGACCAGGAGCAGCUGCAGCAGGCACAGGAACAGCAGCAGCAGCAGCAGCAGCAGCAGCAGCAGCAGCAGCAGCAGCAGCAGGAGCAGCAGGAGCUGCAGGCGCUGCAGGAGCUGCAGGCAGCGCUGGAGCGUGCGGUGGCAGUCGGCGCCGCCCGCUUCGGCCCCUACGAGCUGUCCUGCGCACUGCUGGCGCUGGCCAACCUUGGGGCACGUCCUGAAUGGCCCUGGCUGCGCGCUGUGCUAUUGGCCGGCGAGGCGCUCCUGCCGCUCUGCUCGCCGCGGCAGCUGUCGACGCUGCUCUCCUCGGCCUCGCGGCUCGUGCGCAGCUGCCCCGCCGCGCAGCCUCAGGCGUGGGACCAGGCGCUGCUCGUGCUGCAGGACGCGCGGCGGAUGGAGCAAGAGCAGCAGCAGCAGCAGGAGCAGGAGCAUGAGCAGCAGCAGCAGCAGGAGCGGCAGGACGGGCGACAGGACGGGCGGCGGCAGCAAAACCAGCCGCACGGCGCGGGGCGCCGGGGAGCCACGCAGCCGCAGCAGGAGGCGCUGCCUGGCGGCCGGGCCUUUGUCGUCCGUUGGACGCAAGCGUGCUGCGCCGCCGCGCUGCCGCGGCUCCCGUGGUUUGCGGCGGAGGACCUGGCAGUCACAGCUGCUGCGCUCGCAAGCCUGCGGGUCGUGCCGCCGCCGCUUUGGUACGAUUCGCUGCUGCAUGCAGCGCGGUCGUGCGUCAUCUCCGACCUCGCCAGCAGCGGCGAUGACGGCGCUGGCGCGGACGGCGCUGGCUGGCGCGGCAGGCCAGGGGCCGCGGCGCGGGCAGCGGCAGCGCGCGCCCGGCGCGCCGCAGGUCUUGCGAUUGCGCUGUCGCGGCUGUCACUGCUGCCGAGCCCGUGCGACACAGAGGUCGCGCUGCAGCCGUCGGACGCGUGGCUCGAACAGCUGUAUGAUGCGGUCGCGGUGGCAGAUGCGAAGCAGCAGCAGCAGCAGCAGCAGCAGGAGCAGCAGUUCGGCGGGGCGAGCGGCCUUGACAGCCAGGGGGGUGUCACGGCGGAGGACAUCGUCUGGCUGAUGUGGGCCGCGGCAGCGUUUGGCUGGCGCCCGCGGGAGCGCUGGUGGGCGUGGGCGGAGGGCGCUUUGAUAGCGCGGAUGGCCGGGCCAGGCGGCGGCGGCAGCGGUGGGAUUGGCACAGGCGUCGCGGGCGGGGCGCUUUCCCGCCGCUGUGCUGUCGUGCUGCUUCAAGCGUAUGGGGGCGCACGGCGGCCCGUGCCGACGCCACUGCUGCGCGCCGCUGUGCUUCACCGGCCGGUCGAGUGGUGGCUUGGCGGCGGCUGCAGCGGCGGCGGCGCUGCCAUAGCUGCGCUGCGUGCGUUGGCACGGCUGCCACGAGCAGUGCCGCAGACGGGCGGCCCUGUUGCACCAGGCAAGCACCAGCAGGCGCAGCAGGGACAGCAGCAGCAGGGACAGCAGCAGCAGGGACGGCAGCGGCAGGGACAGCAGCAGCAGGGACAGCAGCAGCAGCAGCAGCAGCAGCAGCAGCGGGCGGAAGUGCAGGUGUUUGUGGCUGAUCUGGCGCGUGCAGUGCAGCCGCGGAUGGCUGGGAUGCGGGCCAGCGAGCUGGCAGGCAUGGCCGCGGCGUUUGCGCGCGCGCGCCUGGAUACGCGCACGGCGGCCCCUGGCUGGCGCGACGCGAUGCUCGCUGCAUCUCUGCCUUUGCUGCAGCAGCGGCCUCCGCCUCUGCGGCAGCAGCAGCAGGAGCAGCAGCAGCAGCAGCAGCAGCAGCAGCAGCAGCAGCAGCAGCAGGGGUCGCAGCGGCUUGACGCCGGCGGGCUAGAUGCGGGCGUGUGCGGGCCCAAAGAGGUCGCGCAGCUGCUGUGGGCCGCCGCGCGCCUGGGGCUGCGCCCGCCCUCGCCGUGGGUCCAGGCCGCGCUGCAGCGCCUGCAGUCGGCCCUGCCCGCUGCCUCGCCCCGCACCCUUGCCGGCGCCGCCUGGGCCCUGGCCGCCCUUGGGUACCGCCCCCCAGCGGACUGGAUGGGCAGCUUCCUCUUGGCCAGCCAGCGGAAGCUGCCCGACGCCGACGCGCGCAGCCUCGUCGCCACGCUGCGCGCGCUGGCCAGGCUGCAGGCGCGGCCCGGCGCCAGGUGGCUGCGGCCGGCGCUCGUUGCGCUGCACGGUCGCCUGGGCGAGCUGCCGCCGCAGGGGCUGGCGCGUCUACUCGUUGCGCUGGCGGGCAUGGGGGUGCGGCCGUCGCACGCAUACGUGUCGAGCGUCGUCGCGGCGCUGCUGGGCGCCUGCGGCGCGGCAGAUGCGGAUGCGCCGGCGUGCGAGUAUGCCGUGGGCGACGCGGCUCUGGGGCGCGGCUGGGCGGCCUGA